GGCUCAAGUGCCUGUCAUGUAGAGGCCAAAAUGUGUACGAGUGUAUAAUGAGUGCCAUGAUUAGCGUCUGCAGCAAGGGAGAGGAGUGCCGGUUCCGAAUGCUUCACCGACAGUUCAUCCCCAGCCGAAGCAAGGCGUGGUUUGAGGCAGGCUGCGCUUCUACAGAAGAAUGCAGACAACAUGAUAAUUUCUACGCCCAUUUCUGCUGCCGCAUUAGCUAUUGUAAUUACCUCCCUGUGGGAAAAUAG